UCAAAAUCUAACCACACAUUCAAAUCAAAACUUAUCUAACCACACAUUAUUCUACAUAUCUAAAAAAAUUCAUUAGAACCCGAACUUCCAAUUUUCCCCAAUUUUCUAUCUCUUCACUACCGUGCUUCACCAUUUUAUCUCUCUUGUUUUCUCUAUAAUGGAGCUCUUCUCUGGAUUGCUUGACGAACAACAGGAGUAUAGACUAUUUGCUUAAUUAGUCUAUGUAUCAUGUCUACUGGUAACUCUCAAAGUGACGAGGAACCCACGAAGUAUUGGAUCUACUCAUCUGAAAGUGAUGACGAGUGGAGGAGACAACAUUCUCAGAAAUAUUCAAUGAAGAAUAAGAUUAGGAGCGCCAAGCGAAAGAACCUACCCACUCCUUUGAAAGCUCGUGCAAUGGAGUGGUUGAAUAAAACAAGUGGAGAUAUUGAUGAGGGAGAAGAAGAGGACGAGGCAGAAGAAGAAUUUUCGGAAUAUCUAAGAGAAAAGCUUCGUGCUUAUCAUGAAAAAUCUCCAGAAAGUAAUCCUACCACACCAUUGAAGGCAGCAAAGAUGGAGGUUGCUCAAAGUCCAGAACAUGAGUCAACUAAGAGAGGCCGGCUAGAGAUGGAAGUCCCAGAUACCCCUGAGGAGGUUUUGGCAAAGAGAAAAAGAGCAAAGUCGAAAGGAAAGGCUCCAAAGGACCACUGAUUA